UUAAUCAUUUCUUGAUUGUUUCAGAUGUGCUUCAGUCCGAGCCAUUGAAUCUGGCUCCAAAUAUCACAUGAGAAAAUUGGUCAUCUAUUGGACCCUUUUUUCUCUCAUUUCUCUGUUUGAACUUGCUUUCAUCAAACUCAUUGAGUGGAUACCGCUAUGGUCUUUUAUAAAAUUCAUAGCCAUUUGCUGGUUAGUUUUGCCUCAGUUUGAUGGUGCUUGCUAUGUUUACCAAAGGCUCGUGAAUCCUUGCUCGUAUGUCAAUCUACGAGCUUUAGUCGGUUGGCUUUGCAGACCAAACGAGGAGCAAAGCCUUAGAACAGAAACUCUCGUGGCAGCGACAGAGAGAUAUAUUAAAGAGAAUGGUUCCGAAGCCUUUGAAAAUCUUAUGAAAAGCAAGAUCGGCAACACAUUACAUCUGAAGUGCAAAGAGCCUGAUAAUUUUCAGAAAGAUAUCGAACAGCUGGAAUCAAGAGAUAAAAUUGAUGCAGAUACUCAAGAACAGCCAAAGUGCGAGGAACCUGAGGUUGCUCAGAAAGACAUCAACGUCUUAGAACCAACGGAGAAAAUUGCAUCAACUCCAGAGGAACCGGUUAGAUUCCUUGUCGUGGUUCUGCAGUGUUGAAU